AUUUUAAUUUUUUCUGUUGCUGUUGAUUUUUGUCAGCUUGGCCUGAAUGCAUUGGAAGUAACAGCAAAGACCUCAAGUACUUGGAUAUCUGAAUUGUUAGAACAAAGACAGAAAAACAAAUAUUAUAAGAAGAACAAAUCAAAUCAAAUUCAUGGAUUUACCACGACCUUGGUUGUGACUCCAUAGAUAAAAAUGGGAAAUUUCUCUCUUCGAGACCAUCUAAAAAGGGCAUUGAACGAGAAAGAAAUCGUCCACAGAUAAUAAAACUAUCAUAUGCCUGGAAAGUGAUAUGAGGUGCUCGGAAAUGGUUGAGGUAAUUGAAUAGGAGGAUCACUAUGACUAUAGCCCUUGGUAGAAUUCCUAAAGAAGAAAAUGAUCUAUUUGAUACUAUAAUCCUGUGUCUGUCUCCAUAAGAAAUAUGUAAGAAAGACUGGCAAGCAAAACCAAAGUAUAUAGCACUAUAGGCCAACAUGACUGGUUCCGUAUGCUGAAACUGCACUAAGUACUUGGCAGCUAGAACAAGCGUGCAACAAUAUUUUAGUUGAAUCUUUGGAAACAACUACUGUCUAGAUUAUGGACGGAGAACAGCAAAAAUUGGGCAACCCGCCAGCAUACUCCUGUUCCAUGUUAUCCAGUUCCCUAUGUUGUAUGAAUGUAGGAAUUUACUAAUUGUACUGCUGAUAAAACUUACCAAUGAGAAUUUUAUAAUUUCUAAUAACUGUGUCGCAAUGGUUUAGGAUGUGUAACAUGUGACCUCAGCUGAAUCUUUCUAAACUGGUGGACUUCGGUAAAAAUGAUCUAAGCGUCUUGUAUUGGUGGUUGAGACGAUUGCAUUAAUAUUUAUAAUAAGGCGUUAUUCUUGUUCUUCUGUUGAUGCUUUUGCCCAGUUAACUAAGACGCAUAGUCGCACUUGAGGUGCUUUACAAGUUGCCUGUCUUAGAGCCAUCACCAGCAGGGAUUACAGUUUAUUGGGGCCGAAGAAUAGAAACAUACUCUGUCAGGGAUCCAAUCACAACCCCUAUUUUAGGGAGGCACCAAAAUAUUGCCCGAGCCCCUUCUCCUGUGGGUUCAAAGAGGGCCCUUUUCCCUGUGCAAGGCGGAUGUUUGGCUUUUGAACUUGGAGCAGCGUGGGGGGAACAUAUUAGCUAGGCAUUACUGCAAGCACAUGGAGAGGGAAAAUAUACCAAUUGCUUUCUUUAACAAUGUGCUACCAAAUUUGUUGGAGCAUCCGGGAUUUGGGGGUGUUGACGAUCCAAGAUGGACCAUCUUCAUGGAAGACUGUGAGGAAGAAGUCUGUUCAAAAAUAGAGGAUGCUUUCUGCCCUCUUAAAAAUGCAAAAUGUAAUCCGUGUUUGGAGUACAUAAAUUAUAUUAUCUUACCUUGGUUUGGAAAAUUUGAGGUGUUGCGGACUGGAGAGAACAGUGGACGUUCAUGUGCAUGGAAGAGCUUGCUGCUGAUUAUGAAAGUGGCGCUUUGCAUCCAAUUGAUGUGAAGCAGGCACUUGUCAAGGCAAUAAAUAUGAUGUUGCAGCCUGUCCGUGACCAUUUCAGUAGCAAUGAUGAAGCAAAAGAACUCAAGGAAGCUAUGCAGAUAUUCAACAGUAAUAUCUGGUGAGCAAAAGGUCCACAUGCAGGUCCAUACAAUUUUGGGAAGGAGGGAGUGGGAAUUCCAAAUUGCGGUUGCCAGUUGAUGUAAAAAAUGUUCGAUUGCCCAUGGUCAAAUCCUGAACGUUCGGGAUUUAUCAUUUCCAAAAACUCAUAGGCCAUGACAUUUAUGCCAACGACUCGUAAGUGAACUUUAUAAUCAACGGAACACUGCUUCAAAAAUUGUUCAGGGGCACUUGGGCGGUGAUAGCAUCUCCUGCAGGAAACAGAAAAUCAAACUCAUAAUAAUAAAACAAAUACACACACUAGAAACAACAUUUUAAACUUUAAAAAGGAUUAAAAAACAAAGAUAAAAACAACAGAAUUUCAUUUCUUAAACUUCUAGAGACUGUUCUGAAGUCACAGCCAUAACACCCACAGCUGACACCUAACACGACAUCAGCAUUUGUUUUUUGCUCACAUAACAGGAUCAUACAAAUUCAUUACAAGAAACGUCCCAAACCAAAGCAAGCCAAUUUCACUCGUCACUGCAAUCAAACAGGUGGUUGCGUUUAGAAACUUGUAUCACCAAGCUUACCCUAUCCAUUUCUGAAACUGACACAUGUUCCUAAAAAAUUAUGUGUUUUGACAUAAAACUAUGCUCAUAGAAAAAUCCUGUGCUGCUAAGACGACUCGUACUAAAAUAAAUGUCAACUUGUGCAUCAAACAGUCCAAUUGGUUAGUUUAGUUAAGUGAGCUUUUGAAUUGUUCCACACGAUGUUGCACAUAUGUUAAACCCAUCCUUCAGUUUCACACAAUGUUGGACAUAUGUUUUCAUGAAAUGAAUCAGCCAAUAACAAAGUUGAGAUGCCUCCAUAGCUUUUGCUAUUUCUUUUGCUUCAGCACUGCUUCUGAAGUGGUCACGGACUUGAAACAAAUGUCACAACAUAUUAGUGUCAAGACAAGUACUUAGAUUAAGCACGCUCAUAAGCUAACGCACACAAAUAAGCAUGCUUCAUUCCAUCAAUUUCGCCAAUUGUCCAAAUACUUGGGUUCAGCACAUAGUUUGUUGCAUACGAGUAAAAUGCAGUGUUCAAGAAAGCAUUUCUAAGCGACGCUUAAGCUCAGCGCUGAGUGAUGGCUAUGUCUAUUUGAACUUUAGUGCAUAUAUAUAUACCAAAUUAUGGACAAAUUUUUCAAAACACUUAAGCUUCCUUAAGCAACCGUUGCUCUAAGCUGUGGCCUUCUGCUUCGCGCUUUUUUGAACAUUGAUAAAAUAGAACCAGGCCCAAACCUCAUAGCAAUCGCCAAUUGUUCCAAAUACUUGGCCGCAAGAUCUAUUUCACCCUACGGCAACAAUUGGCAACCAACGAAACAAACCUAUUUUUGGUCAUGGCAAGUUUGAUAAGGAUACUUUGUCUGCCAUUCAAACACGCCCUUUGUUCCCCUAAUGCCUUCAGUAUGGUAUAUCUAGCACUAAUAGUACAUCUUUUAGCACUAGUAGAUUCAAAGAUAAUAUAAUAGAAAGAAUCUAAAGUGUCGUAGAAAAAACUAUAUGUAGUUCUUUGUACCACACUUUCAGAUUCCAACCAGAUCCUUUCAUUUAAGACUUGGAUUUUUUUAUUUAAUCCCUUUUUAAUUUCUUCAAUGAUUAAUUGGAAUUCCAAUUAAUUAAUUUGGCUGACUGUUUUUACAUAAAUAAUAAGUAAAAAAGAAGUAGGAACUAGAAUGAACAGUGCAGUAGCAAUAAAUGCGAGAAUAUUGACUUCCAUAACCUCUUAUGCCUUCCUCACUUGAUAUAUAAUGACAGAAGAAAGAUCAAUGAUUAUAAUAUAAAAAAAGAGUUACCUGCAAAAUCAAGUUAGUGGCCUUGAUAAGAGCCACCUUCAAAUCAGCAGGAUGCAAAGCGCCACUUUUAUAAUCAGCAAUAAUCUCCUCCAUGCUCAAGAAGAUUCUGUGUAAGGUAGCAGCUGUCAGUUGUCACAAAAUAUUUACACAAUUAUAUUUUUCACAAAUUUUGGGUUAGUGAACAUGUGAUGAAUAUAGUUGAACAUUCAACUUGCAAAUUACAUAUAAAAAACUUACUUGCUGCAACUAUUAUCAUCCAUCCGAGCAACCUCAAAUUUUCUAAACCAAGGUAAGAUUAUAUACUUUAUGUACUCCAAACAUGGAUUGUCUUCUGCAAAUUUUGGAGGGCAGAAAGCAUUCUCUAUUUUUCUACUGACAUGUUCCUGCAAUAAACAGAGGGCAACUAUUGAAGAAUAUCCAUUUAAUGUGUUAGAACAGAGGAAUACAUCACAGCUAGGCUCAAGUAACAAUAGAAAAUGGCUGGUUAUUUUAGUUGUUUUUCUUACACCUGAAUAUAAAAAAUGUGCAGCUCUUCUUUACACAAGGGUGGAGAGAAAUUUGAUACUUAGUUCUGCUCUUCUAUUUCAUUACCGUUCAAAUGGUCCACUGAUUUUAGUGCAAACAUACUCUUGGAUACUCUUUGUGAGUGACCCAAAAACAAGAGGGGGCAUACUUCCAUUUCAAACAACAAAAAUGAAUGUUCUUUGCUUCGCUUCUUGAGUUGUAUGUAACAACCUUUUGAAAAAAAAAUCCUUAGACACAGUAGCCAUGAAUUUUACAUGCAGCAGCUGAUAUUGUUUAUUGGUGAAAAAUAUAAAAGGGGAUGUGAGGCAGAGUUAGGUAACUUGGAGGCAAUGGCUGACAAAAGGAAAAUGAAAAAUUUUAAAUGGAGGGCAGUAGCACAGUUCCACCUCCAAGGCUUUCUGACAACAUUUGUUUUCCUUGAAGGCAAUAGGGAGGCAUAGGCUGGCAUUAAAAAAUUGAUUCGUUUUGUUUUCCUUCAAGGUAAGUACUCCAUAAAUAACGAUCGACAAAGGAGAACACACCUCAUCAUCUUCCAUGAAGAUUGGCCAUUUCAGGUUCCCCCACUACUCCCAUUCUGGGUCUUGCAGAAAAUCAGGUGGCAUAUCUGUGUUCACGUUAAGGUCUCACAUGAAUUUGUGGGUGUGAUGCAUACGGAAGAGAGAUAAUUGUGUGGGACAAAAGAUAAUGCAAAACGUAAGAUACUUUGAAACAAAGCAAUUUGCUCAUUUUCCAACUGCAUGAGGUCGCAGUAUUCUCUAGCUAACAUGUUGGCCCCACGCUGAUCCAUCCCCAACAUCCAUAUGUCCACCUGCAGUAAAAAGGUAUUGUGGCUUCAACUAAACAAGCCAAAGUAUAGGAGUAUAAAUACCAAAAACAGAUCUAAUGUAUCGGAUACUCUAGACCCAUGUCUGCACAGAUCAGAAUCUAAUCUAAUGAAUCAGAAGACAUGCAUACUACUAGGAGAAUAGAUUUUAUGGUGAAUAUGUUAGACCCAACAGGAAGCAUCCACUCAUAAGUAUAAUCCAUCUAAUUGCUAAUUAAUGUACUUUCUUAUCCUGCAGAAUUUUUAUAAGCCUUGGCAAGAUUGCUAAGGCGUGAAGCAUGUGCAAUAUGGUCAAAUAACAUACUCCCUCCGUCCCAUAAUGCAAGACACUUUCUGACACUACACUAGUGUCAAAAAGCGUCUUACAUUAUGGGACGGAGGGAGUAGAAGUUAUGUAAACAAACAAUCAAGAUUCUUUGUUGCGUGUAAGACAGAAGAAGCCAACCUCUGGAAGUAGUAGAACUGCACUCUGCAAGCAAGGAUACAAUGUGUCAGCAAGAGUAAAUUUUCUUAUCAUAAAUGGAUCUGUACUCCCAUGAUCACUGCUUCAUAAAAAAACAUCAGUAGCAUGUAUCAGAAAUUAUCAAAAAAUAAUACGACUUGCAUGUUAAAAAUAGCAUGAUUUGCAUGCAUAUACAAUGAAUAAUGUAUGGUACACGUAUAAAUUUUUUGACAUGGAAUGCAUGUUUAAGAAGCAAUGAUCCAAAAAUCAUUGAUUAAAUUAAAGAUUUGAGUGAAAUGAAUCUUAAACAAUUAAACAAUAUCCUUGCAUCUUCUGAUGCAUGAAUACUGAAACAUCUUUUAAUUUCACUAAGAUUGCUAUUUCUUGCAAUAUCCAUGGCAACUGGCCAGUACUCUUCUGCAUGGCAGCUUAUUAAAUCUGACAACUGCACAAACUCCACCCCAUCGAGGUUCAUGCCAGAUGCUCUCAGCAUCUCAAUAUUGUACCUGCCAAUAGUCUGCACUUUGCAUAUGUUACCACCAAUCUUAGGGUCCAUUAGAGCAAACCAAUCUGCCAUCAACAUUUUAACUUCGCAUCCAGCUUUAACCAACUUAUUAACAUUAAUUGUCAUUGAAAUUCCCUGCACAACAAGGAUAAAUCCAUUUAAAACAUGUAGUGAAGAUCGAAUACAGGAUUGAAAAGAUCCCCAGAACUACAAACAUCAUCAGCAAUUAAGCAAAAUGAAAACAUCUCAUAUAUAAAUUGUUGAAGGAAAAAUAAAAAGCAGAGGUAACAGAUUUAGUAGUUAAUAUACUUAACUUAGUACAUAUGAAAGGUGAACAUUUAAUUUAUAACAAUAAAUUUCUAUUUGAUCUAACCACCCUUUACAUUUAAAGAAGUUUUGAUUUUGCUUAAUACAACGAGUCAUUAAUACAACGUGUCAUGCCAUACAAUGAAAUCCAGAAAAUGUAGCAUACUUGCAAAGCAAAUUACCAUGGCAAAGGUUUUUGCUAAAAUACAUAGUCAGACAUAGAUUGAGAAGGCGAUACCCUGAUUUAUAUGAUUAAGACUGUUGGCACCUGAAUUCAUCCUAACUCUGGACAUUUAAAUGUAGGACACUACAAACAUUACAUCAAUGAAGGAUUAUUUUUCGGUGUUUCCUAAAACAGAAUUUAAAAUCAAGUGACCAGAAUCAAGAUCUAGCUAGUUAUUCAUAUACCUGGGUUAUAGUCAUCCAGGGGGAGGGAUCACACCAGACAUAGCAAAUGGGGGCGGUUUUCUCCUUCAAGAGGAGCCUCAGCUCAUAGUCACUAGCAUGCUCCCCAACACUACGAAGUGUGGCCAACCUUUGAUCAAAGCUCCCACAAACAGUACUGUUUGGUUUGAACAUACAUGCUGAAGGAGCCACCCUGUACUCAACAGAUACAGGGCAACAGAAAACGUAUAAGAUUGUAAUUAGUUCCCUCCUUGUUUUUCAGGUAAAUGCUUAUAUUAACCACUCAUUCAUUCUUGUGAAUAUCUAGUAUUAUUAGAUGAUCAAUCAACCUCAUUAUGAGUCAUAGUGACCAAUUACAAAUAAAUAAUAUAUCAAUAAUGGAUAAAAAAUGUGAAAACAAAAGGUGUGGCACUAGAUUGCUUUUAGCUAAUAUAUGUGAUUCUCUAAUAUACACUAAAAUAUAAAAGGGCCUUUCGGGCACAUCUAGAUGUGUCCUAAUUAUUGCACAUCUAAGUGGAUCGAUCAAACUAGGAAAAGAAAAAGGACAAAAGAAAAUGUUUGCACGAAUCUCCGCGUAAAAUCUAGAUGUGCUUUAGCAAAACUGAAUAUAAAAACCUGUGUUACGAUCUCAGCAUCCAUACAGUUUCAUCUCAACAGUAUAUGAUUUUACUAUGAUUGAGACAAUACAAUUUAGUAACCCAGCUACCCAUGUAUUAUUAGAUGAUCAAUUAGGCAAGUUAAGACUUGUGAUUAGUUUGACUGACCAAUGAUUGAUAAAUUAGCUGCAGUUCAUGAUUAGUGGGAAAUGGAGAUAUUAACUGAAAAGUUGGAAAGAAGGAUGUGUUCGGAUUGUGACCAAAGUGAACCCUAGCAUAAUUUUGAUUGUGAGUACAUAAUUGUGUAAACAGCAGGUACAGCAUAAUUGAAUGCUCUCUACAAAAACCCUAUGGUACAAUCUUAGCCGUACAACAAUUUACCAUUUUCACAAUUGACUAUGGAUUUAUAAUGAUUCCGCAAAUUAGGCCCAAGUUAAGACUUACAAAACUGCUUCUAUUGAAUUAUAUAUGAAAAAUACCUUUCCCUAAUAAUAAAGCAAGGGUUGAGUUUGUCGGCUUCAUCGUCGCAUCCUUUUUACACAAAGGUCCGUGUGGUUUUUAACUAUUCAACCCGCACUCCUCAUAUCAUAAAUAAAAAGUCAUCACGAACCGGUACGUGUGAGAGAAAGAACAAAAUUAAACGGACGUGCCUCCCGAUCUGAUCUCCAGUUUCUCGACCUUCACCCACGGCAUUCCACCGUCAUCGCACCUCCUGCCACGCCCCGCCCCGCCGGCCGCCGCCUUUCGUCGCCACCACCUACCCCGCCGCCGUGCGUCACCCCACCUACCCUGCCGCCGCGCCUACCCCUAUCUCCGGAUCGAGGUGGGUCACCGAGUGUGUGGGCGCUAGGUGGUUCUCCCGCUCGGUCAAAUCAAGUGAAGUCUGCACAGGGCGGCGGUGGACGGGCUGGACGUGCGGAACGAUGGGGCAUACGGAUCCAGGCGAGCGGCCGCGCCACCGCCCUUUGCCGCAUAGGCGUACGCACACGUGGGCUGUUUCUCUGUUGUCGGCCGGCUGCAGAAGGUGGCCGGCGUCGCCCCCGUCGUCAAAUCCCAUAGCCGGUCGAUCUCAACCACGUGUUGCAGUUGUAGAUGUCGAGGCCGAGGCCAUCCAUUAUCGUGAGAUGGAGCGGCGGAGAACUGAGGCGUGCUGGAGCAGAUUCUUUAGACAGUGGAGUUGAGCGACCCACUCAUCGAUGCCAGAUGCGCUUAAGUGAAACCAGGGAUCCGAUCCAUCCAUCUCAGAGCGGAUGAAUCAACAGCGUAUCCAUCUGGUCCAACAAGUGAAUUUAGGCGAUUAAUUAGCAUGAGCAUACGAGCUCUUGUGCACAUGUAGUUUAGGUGUAUACAGCUUCAGGUAGUCAACUCUUCAUUUACCAAUCGCCCAGCUCUGAGCUAUCCCAACCUUCCACAGCCACCACCACCCCUAAGCACCGGAGUAGAGCAAGGCUGCGCUGCGGCAACUUCAUCCCCGGAUACCAGUCUCGUGCUGCUGCUUGGUCUUGCCUCGGACUUCUUUUCAAAUGCCCGUUCAGUAAGUCAUGUUGGGAGAAACUUUGUGUUAGAUGGCCUGAUCUGAAUAACAGAUUGGAAUUGUUUUUUUUUGAAACAAGGCAAAAGAUUUGCCAUUUCAUUGAUUAAGAAGAAGGUUUAGACAGGCCACGAAGUGGCAAGAAAUAAAAUCUACUCUCGCGGCAUUACAACACUCAAAUGCUUGGCGCCCGCCAACGCCCAAAGCGACAACUCCUCUUUUAUCUUACUAAUGACGACCGUCGUAGGUGCGGCGGUGUUGCGGAAAACUCUAGCAUUGCGCUCCGUCCAAAUUUCCCAGGAGAUUAGCAUCAUUAGUGAGGCGAGCGUCUUGGGGGAUUCAGAACGAAGAUAUACGUUUCCAUUCCACCAUUCCCACACCGAGCUCCUCGCUGACCAAGUAGUAGCCUGAGUGUGAUCCAUGCCAAGCCAGCGAAGAAUAUCGUUCCACACACGAAGGGUGUAGCGACAUUGGAACAGUAAGUGGGCUGCCGUCUCUGGGCUUUGCUUGCAAAGCGGGCAUAGCCCGCAGUUGGGCCACCCACGUCGAGCAAGGCGGUCCGAUGUCCAGAUUCUAUCUUGAAGUACAAGCGAUGCGAAAAAUUUGCACCGCGGAGGAGCCCACACCUUCCACACCGAUAGGACCAUGGCUGACGUAGUUAGGCCCUCAAACUGCGCCUUGUAAGCCGAGGAAGCUGAGUACGAUCCGUCCUUGGUGAACUUCCAAAUAAUGGAAUCCUCCACGUCCUCAUCCAGAGUGACCGAGUCAAUCUUCUCCCAAAGUGCGACGAACUGGUGGACAUGGUCUACUGUGAGACCGUCGGAGAAGUCAAUAUGAGAGAUCCAAGUGUUGUUUGUUAAAGCCUGUUUGACCGAGCAGUUUUUCCUUCGGGAGAGGUCGAAAAUGCCAGGCGCUAGGUCCCGUGGGCGCAUGCCAUCAAGCCAAGAGGAGUUCCAGAACUUAGCCACAUGCCCAUUGCCAACUGUGACGGAAGUGGCAGCUGCAAAAAAGUCCCUGUCUUCAUCAGUGCAUGGCGUACCCAUACCAAUCCACGGUCUUGUGGGCUCUUGCCACUCGAACCAGAGCCAUCGAAGCCUAAGAGCCUUGGCAAACUUGUCCAAGUUGAGCACACCUAAGCCACCGUGCUUCUUAGGCUUGCAAACAAGGUCCCAAUUGACUUUGCAUUUCCCACCAGAAACCUUGUCGGUGCCCGCCCAAAGAUAGGCGCGACGGAUAGAAUCAAUCUUUCUAAGGACCUUAGCUGGGAUGUUGAGCGGCGUGAGGUGGUAAAUGGCAAUGGCAGUGAGAACAGCUUUGACAAGGACGGCCCGACCGGCGGUAGCGACAUGUUUUCCUUGCCACGGAGGGAGUUUGCCAGCCACCUUAUCCUCAAGGUGCUGAAAGUGGAUCCUCUUGAGGCGCUUGACCGAUAACGGUAGUCCAAUAUAUCUCAUUGGAAAGGACGUGCGGACAGCCGGAAAAGCAUGAAGAAUGUCUUGAAGAUCGACACUUUCACAACGAAUCGGGGCGACAAGGCUUUUAGCACAGUUAGUGACUAAACCGGUAACCUCUCCAAAGGAAGCCAGGAUAGAAGCAAAAAACUGGAUGUCCUCCUUGAUGGGCUUGACAAAGAUGGCUGCAUCAUCAGCAUAAAGAGAGGCACGAAUGGUCACAGAGAGGAUGGAGAUGCCCUUGAGAUGUAGCCUUGUUUAGGAGAUGGUGCAGGGGUCAAUUGCCAGCACGAACAGUAACGGGGAGAGCGGGUCACCUUGCCUAAGACCGCGGCCAUGCUUCAGAGGGUCACCCAAAAUUCCGUUGAUCAAGACCCUUGAGGAGGAUGUGGAAAGGAGUGCCGAAACCCAGUCACGAAAUCUGCUCGGGAAGCCCAAGUGCCUUAGAAGAUCCAAGAGGAAAUCCCACCGCACGGAGUCAAAAGCUUUCUUGAUGUCAAGUUUGAAUAAUAGCGUCGGCGUCUUGUUGCGGUGGAAUUUCCUUGCCAAGCUUCUCACGUACGUGAAAUUAUCAUGGAUGCUCCUCUUCUUGAUGAAGGCGCUUUGAGUAUUAGAGACAAGGUUCUGCAUGUGUGGUGCAAGUCUGGAGGCCAUGACCUUAGCAAUAAUCUUGGCAAUGGCGUGGAUGAGGCUAAUGGGACGGAAAUCUGAGAUGCAUUCCGCCUCAUCCUUCUUUGGAAUGAGGGCAAUGUUUGCGGAGUUGAGCCAAUGAAGGUUGGAUGUAUGCAAGCUCGAGAAAUGGUUGACUGCGUUCAUAAUGUCGCCCUUGAUGAUUUCCCAACAGUCCUUGAAGAAGGCCCCGGUGAAGCCGUCCGGACCCGGCGCUUUGUCACUCGGCAUAUCAAAGAUCGCCUUCUUGACCUCCUCUUCCGUGAAGGCAGCCCCAAGGUCAGAGAGAUCGCAAGCGGGGGUUGGGAUAGCUACAACCCUUAGAGUGUUCGCCUGUUUGCUGCUGGUCCUGGUGAUCGCUGCUACCUGCCCUGGCGAGGCUUACGUACAUGUUUGUUUGCUGCUGUCAAGUAAUUCUGCUCUAGUGACGCUUCCAUGUAUUCCUGAUGCUAGUUCUGCCAAGCUUGACCAUGUUGUAAUCUGCUAUUUGCUGUCAAGUAAUUCUGCUCUAGUGACGCUCCCACGUGUUCCUGAUGCUAGUUCUGCCAAGCUUGGCCAUGGUGUAAUCUGCUAUCAAUUAUGUUAGACCAAAACUUGAGUAUUUUGUGCUGGAAUGUCCGAGGUUUGAACUGUCCUGAUCGCCGCGCCACCAUCCAUGAGACCAUCACCGCCACUCCGUGUCACAUUGUGUGUCUCCAGGAGACCAAGCUCCAGAAUGUCGACCCGUUCAUUGCUUCUUUUCUAGGGGGACAUCGGUUAAAGAGUUUUGCUCAACGCCCAUCUGUUGGCACUCGAGGCGGAAUCCUUCUUCUCUGGGACGAACAUUUUGUCAAAAUCCAAGAUGUAAACAUUGGUGCUUUCUUCCUCUCAGCCAAAGUCUCCCUAUCCUCGUCGGGUGAAUCCUUCAAGCUCACAACCGUGUACGGCCCGACGAGAAGCAACCUUAAAGACGGCUUCUUCCAAGAAUUGGUCAGCGAGAAGCCCCACCCUGGCGAAAAGUGGUUGGUUAAUGGGGAUUUUAAUCAAAUUUACCGCGCGAGAGACAAGAACCGUGCGAAUGUUGACCAAAGUCGCAUCGUUCGCUUCCGUAACGCCCUCAAUGCGUGCGAGCUAAAAGAGAUACAUCUUCAAAACAGGAAGUUUACGUGGAGUAAUGAGCGAAACGACCCAACCUUAAGCAAGCUAGAUUCCUUUUUCUGCAAUGAAGAAUGGGACCUGCACUUUGGCACACACCUCCUACAUGCUCUCUCCUCGUCGCUCUCCGACCAUUGCCCUCUCCUCCUCGCAAAUGACAAAGGGCCACCGCGGACCAAAUCAUUCCGCUUUGAAAACUUUUGGAUCAAGAUGCCCAGAUUCAAGGAGGUCGUCAACAGUGCAUGGAACCAAGAGGUGAACCAUGUAGAUCCUCACCACAUCCUCUUCCACAAGAUGAAGAAGACAAGUCAGGUGCUUAGGACAUGGAGCAAGACAAUAUUUGCGCAUUCGAAGGUACAAAUACAUAUGGCCCUAGAGGUCAUUCUCCGUCUGGAUGUGGCCCAAGAAUGCCGUCCUUUGAGUGCAGAGGAGCUGGAUAUUCGUAGGAGGCUCAAGCGCAAGGUGGUUAGCUUGUCUGUACUCGAGCGUGCGCGGAAAAGGCAAUGCUCGAGAAUUACCAAUCUCAAAGAUGGAGAUGCCAACACUCGUUUCUUUCACCUCCGAGUCAAUCAUAGAAGGCGCAAGAAUUUCAUUCACCGCCUUAGGCAUAACAGUGGAUGGGUCACAGAGCAUGAGCAUAAAAAAUCCAUCAUCCAAAACCAUUUCGCGGAGAUCACCAAGAGGGGGACGCCCCGCAACAUUGAUAUCAACUGGGACAGAUUGGAAUUGUUGCACGCAGCAAAAAGAAACUGGACUGGACAUAUGUUCAUGGAAGUGUUUGUGGUGGCAGUAUGGAGUAUAUGGAAAGAGAGAGCUGCUAGACCCUCUUUUGGUUUGUAUUCUGACCUCUCCUCCCCCUCCCCUGCUAACUUCUCUAUGUAAAUAUUGUACUGUAGCUUUGACGCUCUGAUCUAAUACAAAGGUCAGUGGUGGGGUUCCCCCACUGUAGAAGGUUCUUAAAAAAACAGUUUUCUAGAUGAUAGUUUUAGGUCUGUUAGUAACUUGGUCUGAGUGAUGUUAUUGUCUUCGUUAAGACCAGUCGAGCCCCUGAUUUUCAUUGAAGUCACUCUCAAAGACAUGGCCACAUUUGUACACUUUAUUAAAGUUUGGCAUGGUUUUCUUUUAAUAAAUGGGUGCUCCACUCUAUUCUGUACCUUGUGUUCUUUUGUGAUAACAGGAUUUUAUUGUUGGAUAACCCUCCAAUUGAUGAAUCUGGCGAGCUGUGCUCUUGCAGAUUACUAAUACAGUGACAAUCCUUCAGAUUCAGGGGAUACAAUGUCGGAUUACAUUCUGCGGACAUAUUGAAAUAAUUUUUUUUUGCGGUGGAGAUGGAGGGAGUAUAUGAUUUCUUCAUCUGGUUGCUGCAUCCCCUUUAUCCAUCAAAAUAGUGUUGUACAAGGCUCAUUUAUGUUGGUUGGAAGAAGGAUCACAACAGAGGCACAAUAAACUGCCAGCAUAUUAGCAUCAAAUUAGUGGGAAAAAGGAUGUUGUCUCUGGAGCUAGAUCUUAAGUAGGUUGUGCCUGUUUUCUCGCCCGGUGCAACGCACGGGCAUUUGUACUAGACCAAGACCAAGCAGUCCUAUCCACGAGCAAGACCAAGCAGGACACCCCUGCCAAGCCGCAGCACAAGCCUAUAAUGUGCAAGUAUUUCCGCAAGAUGGCCAUGCCUAUCAAGAACCAGGUACUAACACCACAAAAAUUCUACUUGAAAAGUUGGAAUGCACAUGUUAUGCUUGGUUUUUAUGCUACCACUCAUUGUUUGUGCACCAUCUCUUAUAGCGAUUAAACCUUUUUGUAGAUUGUACCGUUAACAUUUAAGAAGUUUUUCUGUCAUUGGAGAAUCUGUUUUGGUCUUUGUUUCUAAAUGGUGACCAAAGGUAUUGCUGUAAUGAUCUGUAACAGUAAGGAUUGCUGUAAUGAUCUGUAACAAUAAGGAUACCAACUGAUUAAUUGGUUAUUCUUUGAAAUGUUUUUUUA